GAGACGCUCGCGCAUGCGCAUUCGAUGCCCGAUCACGACAAGUACCAGCUGCGUCCGCGGGCGGCGCGCACUCGGGAGAGUCGCGCGCGUCGGGCCCCGCAACCUCUCAGCAAGUAUCGCAGGAAAACUGCUAACGCACGCGAAAGAUCCCGGAUGAGAGAGAUAAAUAAUGCCUUCGAAGCCUUGCGAAGAGCGGUCCCAGCUUCAGAGAUAACCGGCAAUCCUGUGCCAUGCGAGAAGCUCACUAAAAUAACGACGUUGAGGCUCGCCAUGAGGUACAUCACCGCAUUAUCUACCGCGCUGAGAGACACCAGUCCCGAGUCGGAGUCCGGCUCCAGACCUGACCGCUGGCCAUCUCCGCUGUGUUCGGAGCUGUCUGAGUUCUCCACAGAGCAGGAGACUCCAUCAGAGUUCGCGGAGGACUCCCUGUCGCCCUUCGACUCUUUCUUCGCGGAAUUCGACUAUGAGUACAUAGACAGGACAUUUACGUGACAGUGAAGUGUUUGAACGUUCGUUGGAUUUCCUCUUAUUCUGCCAUAUUAAUUAUUAAUUAAUUUUAUACAUAGUUUAUGUGAGAUGUUAUGAGAUUUUAUUUAUUUUUAAUAAUAAAUUGUUUUGUUAUUUU